AUGAACGCCGAACUUCUCACAGACACGCUGGGGAGCAUCGCCAGUGCUCCUCACAUACUCCCAGCCCUCCGCGCUGUGGUAGCGUUAGUGCUCCUCUUCCUAUCAGGUAAGCCUCCACCGGCGCCUCUGCCACUGCCCUUCCCUGAGCGAUACUUUAUUGACCAAGCUGCAGGCAUCUCCUUCAGCCUGAGCUUCUGGUCCAUUCCCAUGCUCAGGCGCUGCUCGCCAUCCCCUACGCAGGUCUCCCAAUUUAGUGUGAUCAUCGAGCAGGGCAACGCGAUCAUGCUCCCGGCGAGCCAGCUCCUCAGCGUCUCGCUGCUGUCCUUGACGCUCCUGACCGCAUCUCAUCCUGACCCAGACAUCGCCGGGCUGUGGAGGUGGCACGUCGUUUCUGUGUUGGUGCUCGUGUUUAUGGGUAGGUGGGAGAAAUACGCAAUCUUCCCCACGAACGAUCGGAUCCUAGCUUUUGAGCAUGAUGUUGGGAUCGGUGAGGGGAAGGUGAAGGUGACAGGUACGGGCAUUAGGGAAUUCACUUUGGAGGAGAAGAAAGAGCUGAAGGGCCUGUUGGAUGUCUGGGCUGCUAGACAUCCUUGGAGGAUUGUUGUGACUAUGGUGUGCGGUUUGAUUACUUUUGGUGUGACUGUUUCGCAAACCGGUUGA